AUGGUGUCGUGGUUUCAAGUGUUGCUAGCUCAACAAUUCGGUACUCUUACAUUGCUGGUGUUGUCCUCAACAGCAACUGGUGCUGGUGCUGGUGCUGGUGCUACAAUGGCCAUGGCCAUGGCCAAUCCCAACUGCGCCGAUCGUUGUGGGGAUGUACCCAUCCCAUACCCAUUCGGCAUGACUGAAGAUUGUUACCUAAACAAAGACUUCCUCAUCACUUGUAACUCCUCUUUCAACCCUCCCAAAGCAUUUUUGGGAACUACCAACUUAAAUGUUACAGAAAUAUCACUCCAGGGUCAGUUGAAACUCUUGCAAUUUGUAGCCUCUCAGUGUUAUGAUCAGAAAGAGAACAAAUUGUCCGACAUUCGAACAUGGUUUGAGCUACUUCCAUUCACCAUUUCUACCGAAAAUAAGCUCACAGUAAUCGGUUGUAACACACAGGCUUCUAUUGAUUUUUACCACAACAAUGCUUCACAGCAGCAGCAACUGCCUUACGCCACCACAGGAUGCAUAUCAAAAUGUGAAAAUAUAAGCAGUUUUGCUGAUGGUUCUUGUUCCGGUGUUGGUUGUUGCCAGGCCUCUAUACCUAAAGGGGUGUGGAACAUUAGUGUGACGCUACAAAGCUAUGACAAUUACACGAAGUCAUCUAAUUCAAAUUCCUGCAGCUAUGCCUUUGUCACCAGUCAAGAUGAGUUCAAAUUCACGCCCAAGUACCUCCGGCAACUACAGAACACAGAUGAGUUUCCACUGGUGGCCGAGUGGACUGUUGGAAAUGAAACUUGCGAUGUGGCUCAAAAAAACUUGCCUACUUAUGCAUGCAAGCAAAAUACCAAGUGUUAUGAACCGGACAUUGGUUCUGGUGGAGGUGGAGGCCUUUCUGGGUAUCGCUGCAAUUGCUCCGAGGAGUACCAAGGUAACCCAUACCUCACCAAUGGUUGCCAAGGUAUAAGCACCGAUACCCAUCUUUUGUUUGCUGUUCUUCAUUGCAUGGCUAUGAAAUAA